CAUUUCACUGAUUUCACAACAAAUUUUUCUGUCACCAAAAAAUUGAUAAAGUUGCGAUAAAAGUUUAAAAUAAGGGCUAUUUUCGGACUUUUCCAAAUAGUUUAAUUGAAUUUUCAUUAAUCAUCGUGUUGAAAAAUGACUACCGCAGCUAGACCAACAUUCGACCCAGCCAGAGGAGGGCAAGCUCGAGGUGAGAAAGAUUUGGGUGCAUUAUCGAAACAAUACUCUAGCAGAGAUUUACCCAGUCACACGAGGCUUAAAUACAGAGAACAUGGCCAAGGUACCAACGAUGAAUUGGCUGCCAGAGACUUCAGAAAAGAACUAGAAGAACGCGAACGUAAAGAAGAAAAAACACUGAAAAAAGUUCCCGAUGUAACUCAUAAAAGGCAGAAAAUCGAUCAAACCAAUCUCGAUGCUGAUGAUCCAUUGGACGAUGAUGACGACGAUGAAGACGACUCUGACGAUUCCGACGACGAUCUUGAUAACGCGCAAUUGCUGGCCGAAUUAGCUAAAAUAAAAAAAGAACGAGCGGCUGAAUUGGAAAGGAAGGAAAAAGAAAAAAGGCAAGAAGAAGAGAAAAUUCGUAUGGAAAAUAUUUUGAGUGGAAAUCCGUUAUUAAAUUACGCUGCUCAAGUUCCAAAGUCGGAUCUCAAAAUCAAAAGAAGGUGGGAUGAUGACGUUGUGUUCAAAAACUGCGCACGAUAUGACCCAGAUAAGAAAAAAGAAUUCAUCAAUGACUCUCUUAGAUCAGAGUUCCAUAAAAAGUUUAUGGAUAAAUAUAUCAAGUAAUCAAUCCUGUUCGAGUGAGAUGAAUUUCCAUUUGUAAUUACUUUUUUUUGAUUUUAUAUUCUCGAUCACAUUUCAUCUAUGUUAGUUUCAUAAGUAUAGAAUUAUUGAGUAUUUUUGUUCAAGUAUGAUAUGAAAUGGAUUCUUGUGUAUUGCCGUUUCCUGUAAUAUAAAUUUUUUUCAACAGAAA